AUGAAAACGAAGCUACAGAAUGUAGAAGAAGAAAAUGAGAAACUAUUGGACACCACUCGGCAGCAGAUCAUGGCUGCAGAAGAUUCCAAGUCAAAGCUUCGAAUGUCCAUCCGCGAGAAGGAACAAGAGUGCUCUGCAGUCAAGGAGGAGCUCCACACUCGUGAGCAGCUGCUCCAAGAAAAAGACCAAAAAGCACAGCAGCUCAUCCGUGACAUCAUGUUCACCCUACAGAAGUUCCUGGCCGAAUGGCAGCAGAAAGACGGACAGCUGUUGGCACAGAAGCACUGCGAAGAGCAAGUCCUACCCAGCCAGGUGGAGCAUCUGCAAGAGGAGUUAAGGCAGGAGGUAGGGAGGUUUCACCACCAUGCCCCACAGUCACCAGAAGAACCUGAAUCCCUGCAGGAACGAGAUGAACUGGCUGGAGGUGAUUCAGCAGCAGGGUCAGAGAGCAGACCCCAGAGGGCCCCAAACAGCGCCACCACCACCGCUGGCCUGGGCACCAUGACACCCUGCGGGGAGCCGCACCUGCUGCAGCCAGUCCCAAGCACCAUCACCACUGAGAGCGGCACUGCCAACAUCCAGCAGCUGGCCGCCGAGCCCAAGCCCUCCACAACAGGCAUGGGCCUCCCAGAGCUGGCACAUGCCAGUGCAGACAAGAAGAUUCUCGCCACCAAAGUGCUGGGCAGAGUGAAAUGGUUCAACGUCAAGGAGCGCUACGGAUUUAUCACCACAACAGAUACCCAGGAGGACAUCUUUGUCCACCAAUCAGCCAUCCAAAAGAACAACCCCUGGAAGUACCUGCCCAGCGUGGGAGAUGGUGAGCUAGUUGAGUUCGAUGUGGUGGAGGGCAAGAAGGGUGUGGAAGCGGCCAAUGUCACUGGCCCCGGGGGAGUUGCUGUCCAGGGCAGCAAGUAUGUGCCUGAGCGUACCCGAUCCCGGCGCUCCCCACGGCGGAGGGCUCCUAGGCCCCACUACGCACAUGGCUGCCUCCCCACUGACAGCGAUAGCUCAGAAGAAACAGCAGAUGGCCAGGCCUGUCCUCGCUGGCGCCGAGUCAGGCGGCGAAGGCUCCCACGCUGCUACCAGCCUCCAACACAGGACUCCAUCCCUCCUGUGCAGGGAGACAUGCAGGGUGCCCAGGGCGUGGCUGAAGGCGAUCAUGGCCAGCCCAUGAGAGAGACAGUUUGUCAGGGUCGCAAACCAUCAUGCCUUCACAGACGGCGUCACCACAGCCAGUCUGAACAGGAGAGUGAAGAGGCUGAUUCUGAAGAUUAA